AUGAAUGGGCAUGAAGAAUCUAAAGACCCCGCGGGCAUAAAGCAAACCUAUGGGCCCGUAAGGGCUCUUGUCCUGCUGCUGGCGGCGGCCGCGCUGGCCCAGCAGGAGCAGGCGCGCGACAAGCGCGGGCUGCUGGCGGCGGGCGUGGUGGCGCCGGGCCUGGUCGCCCCGGGCCUCGUCGCCCCGGGCCUCGUCGCCCCCGGCGGAGUCAUUGCCGCCCCCGGCCUCGUCGCCCCCGGAGUCAUCGCCGGCCCCCACAAUGCAAUUGCAUUUUUUGCAAUUGAGUUUUCGCUGUUUCUUUAG